GGCUCUGAAGUCAGCAACGCGGCAUCAAAGAGCAGAGCUGUUUGGGGAGUACAGCGAAGAAGCAGAGUUUCAGAGUGGGAUAUCAGGUCUUUCGUGUGAAGAUAACGUCGAUAUUAGACCGGGAAUCAUUGGCACGGACCCUUGGGCAGAGAACAUUGGAAAAUUAUACAACGGUGAAGGUUAAUCAUGGAAAUCAAAGAGGAAGGAGCGUCGGAGGAAGGCCAGCACUUUCUUCCCACACCCCAGGCAAAUGACACUGGGGACUUUCAGUUGACAAGUAUUCAGAAGUCGCCCAGUGAACCACAGUUGGAAUUCAUCCUUGCGUGCAAGGAUCUGGUGGCUCCUGUCCGUGAUCGGAAGCUGAAUACCCUGGUGCAGAUCUCGGUCAUCCACCCCACUGAGCAGGGGCUGACAAGGUACUCCAGCACGGAGAUCGUGGAGGGAACAAGGGACCCGCAGUUCCUGACCGGUGUCACCUUCCCGUCUGAGUAUCCCAUUUAUGAGGAGACCAAAAUAAAGCUCACAGUCUAUGAUGUCAAGGACAAGUCCCAUGACACUGUUCGAACCAGUGUCCAGCCUGAUCAUAAGGAUCCCCUGCCAGAGAUCGGGCGAAGCUUCCUGGGCUAUGCCAGCUUCAAAGUGGGGGAACUGCUGAGGUCGAAGGAGCGACUGCUGGCCCUGAGGCUGAGAGCUUCCGAUGGUGGCAAAGUCGUUGGCACCAUAGAAGUCAGUGUCGUGAAGAUGGGGGAGAUUGAGGACGGGGAAGCCGACCACAUCACGACAGAUGUGCAGGGACAAAAGUGUGCACUGGUGUGUGAAUGCACAGCCCCAGAGAGUGGGAGCAGAAAAGACAGCUUACCCUUUUUGAACGCAGUGUUAAAGAACCCGGUGUGCAAGCUGUACCGAUUCCCCACGUCCGACAAUAAGUGGAUGCGAGUCCGGGAGCAGAUGUCGGAGAGCGCGCUGUCUUUCCACGUUCCCAAGGAGCUCAUCUCCCUUCACAUAAAGGAAGACCUGUGCAGAAACCAGGAACUGAAGGAACUCGGUGAACUUUCUCCACACUGGGACAAUCUACGGAAAAACGUCCUCACUCACUGUGAUCAAAUGGUGAACAUGUACCAAGACAUUCUGACGGAGCUCAGCAAGGAAACAGGGUCCUCUUUCAAAUCAAGCAGCAGCAAAGGAGAGAAAACACUGGAAUUCGUCCCGGUCAAUCUGCAUCUGCAGAGAAUGCACGUCCACAGCCCUCAGCUGAAAGAUGCUCUCUACGAUGUUAUCACCGUGGGAGCCCCAGCUGCCCACUUUCAGGGAUUUAAGAAUGGCGGUCUUCGGAAACUACUCCACCGAUUCGAAACAGAAAGAAGAAACACUGGGUACCAGUUUAUUUACUAUUCACCUGAAAACACAGCCAAAGCAAAGGAGGUUCUCAGCAACAUCAAUCAACUCCAGCCUCUGAUAGCAACCCAUGCAGACCUCCUGCUUGAUUCUGCAAGCCAGCGUUCUCCAGACAGCUUGAAGAACUCCUUAAAGAUGCUUUCUGAAAAAACAGAGCUUUUUGUGCACGCCUUCAAGGAUCAGCUGGUCAGAAGCGCCCUGUUAGCACUUUACACUGCCAGGCCAGGAGGUGUCCUUACGAAGCCACCCUCUCCUAAGAACAGCGUGGAGGAGAGCUGUCCCCAGGGUCCGUCCUCACCGAUGCGAAGGCAGGACUCCAUACCCCAUCACUCAGACUACGACGAGGAAGAGUGGGAUAGGGUGUGGGCCAACGUGGGGAAGAGCCUGAACUGCGUCAUCGCUAUGGUGGACAAGCUGAUCGAAAAUGAUGGUGGCAGUGAAGACAGCGGUGGCAGCAAGAACGGGGAAAAGGACCCUUCGGUCGUGGACUCCAUCGUAACUCACCCAGGGGAGGACUGGUAUGAGCAGCUGUACCCCCUCAUCCUGACCCUGAAGGACUGCAUGGAGGAAGUGGUGAGCCGCGCCAAGCAGUCCCUGACCUUCGUGCUCCUCCAGGAACUGGCGUACAGCCUGCCCCAGUGUCUGAUGCUCACCCUGAGGAGGGACGUCGUCUUCAGCCAAGCACUUGCUGGAUUGGUUUGUGGUUUCAUCAUCAAAUUACACACCAGUCUGCACGACCCCGGCUUCCUGCAGCAGCUGCACACAGUGGGGCUGGUGGCGCAGUACGAAGGUCUGCUGAGUACCUACAGUGAUGAAAUUGGAAUGCUGGAGGACAUGGCGGUGGGCAUUUCCGACCUGAAGAAAGUCGCGUUUAAAAUCAUCGAAGCCAAAUCCAGUGAUGUCUUGCCGGUGAUAACAGGGAGACGCGAGCACUACGUGGUGGAGGUGAAGCUCCCAGCGAGGAUGUUUGAGUCCCUGCCGCUGCCGGUUAGAGAGGGCCAGCUGCUCCACGUGCACCCCGUGCUUUUUAACGUUGGGAUCAACGAGCAGCAAACUCUUGCCGAGAGGUUUGGAGAUGUUUCUUUGCAGGAAAGUAUUAAUCAGGAAAAUUUUGAACUUCUAAAAGAAUACUGCACGAUAUUUAUGGAAAAGAUGCCUCCUGAUUACAUUUCACAGUUUCAAGAACAGCAUGAUUUAAAGGGAUUACUAGAAAACCUCCAUCAGAAUAUCCAAGCCAAAAAAAGGAAGAAUGUGGAGAUCAUGUGGCUGGCCGCAACGAUCUGUCGCAAACUCAAUGGCAUUCGCUUUACCUGUUGUAAAAGUGCCAAAGACAGGACGUCGAUGUCGGUGACGCUGGAGCAGUGCUCCAUCCUGAGAGACGAGCACCAGCUGCACAAGGACUUCUUCAUUCGGGCCCUGGACUGCAUGAGGAGAGAAGGAUGCCGCAUAGAGAAUGUGCUGAAGAAUAUCAAAUGCAGAAAGUAUGCUUUCAACAUGCUGCAGCUGAUGGCUUUCCCCAAGUACUACAGACCUCCAGAGGGGACUUACGGAAAGGCCGACACCUAAGGCUGCCCACGUGUACAUGAACAGGGACACAAACACCCGUCUGUUGGAUAAUCUCUGCCUUUUUUUUUAUUGUCUUGAAUUUGUGGAGGGACGUGACCAGGGAUGUUUGCCCAAGUCUAAGAAUUACUUGAAUUGGUUAUCAGCACAUUUCUCUGAGAGAAAUCCAUUUUUAAAACAAUCUUACGUAAUAUUGUCCUUUCUAGUUCUAAGCUUCUGGGUGUUGACUCUCGCUGGCUGAGAUCGGCUUGGAACGUGUAGCUUUCACUCAUGGAGUGUUUUAAUGGGAGGCAUUCUGAGAACGCAGGUCCACGGAGGCCGAGAGGCGAUGCAGACAGCGGCUCUCCCUCCAAAGUGAAGCUGGGAGAGGGUGGAGGGAGGGGGACGUUGCGAGAUCAUCUCACAGCUUUUCUCACACGUACUCUUAGAGCCUGUUUCUGAGGUUUAGCCACGGUUUUCUAGUGAGCUGAAAUGAGGUCACAUUGACUCACCAUCGGACUCCAGGACAUGGUGCCCUGUGCCUGGAAAGACUUUGUCGUCCGGCUGAGAUGCCACCACUCCUCCUGGACAGGUGGAUGAACAGUGUCAGUAAAGCAGUGAAAAUACUCUCCGAAAACAUGGUUUCUUUGCAAAGCUCUGACCUGGGUUGUGCAGCCCUGUUGUACAAGUGGCACGAGAGGAAGUUUAAUAGGAUAACAGGCAAAACACGGUGAGGAACGAGAAACUGCAAGUACGCCCCAAAUGAAAAUCUCCAUCAGCCUGAACUUCAUGUAGUCGGGUUCAUGACAGUGAACCGUGUGUCUUUGAGAUGUUCUCCAAAAGUCAUCUUGGUUAGACUGUAGAUGGUGCAAAUCUGCAUUGCCUGGAUAAAAUAGUGUAUGUGCAUAAACCUUCUAAAAUACAUGCAGCCAUAACUGAUGACAGACCAAAACAAUUAUUUGUUAACCUGAAUUCCCAAUGUGUCCUUAUCCAGUAAAAUAACACUAUAAACAGUCCAGAAUUUUAAAUUAGAAGCUUCCUUAGACAUUACCUAGUGUAACACCUUUACAAAUGGCUACCCUGGAGCCCAGGGAAGCCCUGCCCCCAGUCGCCCAGCUAGACAACUUUAGAUCCGCGACGACAGCCUCCUGUGGCCUUCCUCCCCUGUGGCUUCACUCCUCUCCUGGCUGCCGGGCCACAUAUCCGUGGCGAUUGUGGGAGAAUGCUAGUGAGUGAAACAGAAAUCGGCAGUUAUGACUGAAAUUCAAACUUAGAUGGCGACCACACUCUGAACAAAUGAAACCUAUUUUCUCCAAAUUUCAGGAAUGCAUUGUCUUUCUUCUCUCACUAGAGGGGCGUGGCACUCAGAGCACACCUCUCAGUUGGAAACCCCAGACGCCUGUUACUCAGACGUGUCUUAGCUGUGGCCACACUGAACGGAGUUGUAUUGCGGGCUUUCCAUAGCGCAUGUGACAGAAGACACUUACUGAAAUAAGGAUUCCAAACAGAUCUCUAGAUUCAUGGGCUUUUUCAAAUUCAUGCAGAUUGUAGAUGACCCUCUGGGGAUUUUCAUACUAGAAUGAUCCAUCUGUCAUUUUCGCUCAUGACUGCAGGCAUUAUAUUUGAGGCAGUUGCCAAACGACCAACCGCCUUUGUGGCUCUGCUCAUGGGGAAAGUGAUCUCGGUGUUCUGUUUUAUACCUCCUUCUCCGUGUCAGGGAUCAACUAUAAUCUCUGAACUGUUCUGUGCCAUUUGGAAAUGGUAGGGUUUGUGGUUAUUUUCACUGUGCCAUUGGAUGUAAGGGAACAGUCUGGGAUGAGAGAGGUUUCCCUGGACAACCGUGAGCCCUCCUUCAGGAUGCCUAGUGGCAGCUGGUGCCAAGAACCUGAGCGGGUUAUCCUCAUGGGAAUGCUCUUAUACAUAAGAAUUUGUGUUUGCAUUUGUAAAAAUGAGAAUGCUUGACUCAAAUGUAGAAAAAUAUUUAGCUAGAAAGUUUUUUUUUAUUUUUGGAAGACUUUUUAAAGAUUUGUUUUCUUUUACAAUAAGUACCAAUGUAGAUGCCUCAAAGGGUAGCGAUUCCUGAACUACAAAGGCAUCUGAGUUGUUGUUUAUGAUCAACAUGGCCAUCCGCAUUUCCCUGCAGGAUGCCCAUGUUUGUGCAUACUUUUAAAGCUGGAUUUCAUCAAAGAAAUUCACCUUUCACAGAG